AUGAUUAUCUGGGAGGAUGCAGGAGGAGUCUUGCUUUCAAAGGAAGCACAGCUUAGGAUGGCUAUGGGAGCUAAAGUGUUUAAAUCAGUCUCUGCAAAGUUCUUUGAAGGAAAGAUUAAAAUGAAAUCACUUAAACAAAUUCUUCAGAAGAAAGAACAAUUCCUUUGUUUGCUCAAAAUAGAUGCCCUUUGUGAUGAUGGACGUUGUCAAGAUGAAUCAACCAUAAGAAAGUUUUUGAGAGAAAGGGAAGACGAAGCAAAUGCUGUAUACAACGAAGUAGAGUUGAUCAGUGGUCUCCUACAAACCUGUCAAGACCUAAAUGAACAUGUCAAAGUUGACUACCAGGGGCUGGACAAAAAACAUCAACAGAACUUUGACAUAAUGGAUUUGAAUGAAUUUAUGAACGUGGCUACACUUGAAAGCAGCACACAGGCAACAAGGAAGGUCACGUACUUCGACCUUUCUGAUACCAUACAUAAAAUGGCUUCAGAACUCCGUGAGAUUAAAGACACCAUGAUCUUCAAAACGUGCUGGGCCAACCAAGUGAGAGAACUGUCAAGAAAACACUCUGAAGAAGAUGGAACAAAUCACAGUAAAGAAAAGGAAGAAGCCUAUACCCUUGAUCUUGUCCAUAGUAAAAUAUACCAGAUUUGCUAUAGCCAGUAUAAAACGAUUUAUGAUAAUCUUAAAAGUGGAGAACUGUUACUCAAGGAAGUUGACAACGUCUUUCAGGAUUACAAAGGAAAGUAUGAAGACCUAUACAAAGAUUUAGCAAUAAUGUGCAGGAUUAACCCAUCUGAUGACAGAAAAUGGAUUAAAGAAAGAAUCACACAGAUUGAGCAGUACCAUGAUCAUCAUUUGGUAAUAGAUUCUGCCAAAAUAAUCAUGGGCAUCAAAGAUGCACUCUGUCCAGAAGGAGAUUUCAACAUCCUGGAGAAAUUGAUGCAAAUGGGUCAAAAGGGAAACUUUGCAUUCCCUGAUGUUUUCCCAAACGUGUUUUGUCGACCUCCCAAAGAGGUCAUGGCUUUGGAAAUGCAGAGGAAGGAAAAUCUUUCCACUGAAAAUGAUGACCCACUUAUGGAUGAUGAGUGUUUCCAGAAUGAAGCUUUUCAGAGACCAUACCAGUACCUCAAACGUUUUCACAAUAAUGAGAAUCUUGACAACUUCUCUUAUAAGGGUACGGAAGGGACUCAUUCAAAUUGUCUUCAAAUAUUCUUAUUCUACUGUGGUGUACCGGAUCCAUCCUGGGCAGAGCUUCGCAAUUUUGUUUGGUUUCUUAAUCUUCAGUUGCAAGACUGUGAAAAUUCAGUGUUCUGUAAUGCUGAGUUUGUUGGAGACACCCUUCAAGGGUUCAAAAACUUUGUAAUUGAGUUUAUGAUCUUAAUGUCCAAAGACUUUGCAACCCCAUCCUUAUGCAUCUCUGAUGAGAGCCUUGGAAGAAAACAAGCUGACUUAACAGGAGUAAAUGAAAAAGACUUAGCUCCAUUCCUUAUUCGGAAAAGAUGGGAAUCUGAACCUCACCCGUACAUCUUUUUUAAUGAUGACCAUACAUCAAUGACCUUCAUAGGCUUUCAUCUGAGGAUCAAUAUCCAAAAUACAGUUGAUGCCAUAAAUCCCUCAACAGGAAAAGUAAUUAAAGAAAACAUCAUGACUCAAAAUCUUUACAGGGGGCUAAAACAUCAAAGAGUCCCCUUUAACGUAGAUUUUGAUCAGCUCCCUAGAGCUGAAAAGAUUGAACAUCUGUGCCGUGUUCUUGGAAUCAAAUGUCCAACAGAUCCUGAUGAAACCUAUGAACUGACAACAGACAACAUCCUCAAAAUGAUGGCAAUUCACAUGCGAUUUAGGUGUGGUAUCCCAGUCAUAAUAAUGGGUGAGACCGGAUGUGGAAAGACAAGACUUAUAAAGUUUAUGUGUGAACUGCAAAGGUGUGGCGCUCCAGCAGAGAACAUGAAACUCGUCAAGGUUCAUGGAGGAACAACAUGUAAAAUGAUUUAUGAUAAAGUGGUUGAAGCAGAAGGUCUAGCAAAGUCAAACAAAGAAAAUCAUAAAUUCAACUCUGUUCUUUUCUUUGACGAAGCAAACACAACAGAAGCCAUCACCAGCAUCAAAGAGAUUAUCUGUGAUCACUCCGUUCAAGGAAAAAGCCUAGAAACUCAAACAGGGCUGCAGAUUAUUGCUGCAUGCAACCCAUACAAAAAACAUACAGCUGAAAUGAUUGAAAGGCUAGAGGCCUCUGGAUUGGGCUACAGGGUCCAUGCUCAGGAAACACAAGAAAAACUGGGCUCCAUUCCUCUUCGCCAGCUUGUGUAUCGUGUCCAUGUGUUACCACCUAGCUUGAUUCCACUUGUUUGGGAUUUUGGGCAACUCAGUGAUUUAGCUGAAAAAAUGUAUAUCAAACAAAUUGUUCAAAGGCAGGCAGAAGCCAACUUGAUUGAGGAACGGCACAUUCCAAUGAUAUCUAAUGUGUGCUCAUUAUCACAACAGUUCAUGAGGGAGAAGAACGAUGAAUGUAGUUUUGUCAGUCUGAGAGAUGUUGAACGUUGCAUGCAAGUUUUUGUGUGGUUCCACAAGAAUCACUCUAUGUUUAAAAAUCAUCUUACGUCACUGCAACAAAAAAAUAAAAUGAGAGAAAUACCACAUUUUUCCCCUGCUAGUGACAGAGUUGUCUGGUCACUCUUGAUGGCAACCGGAGUAUGCUAUCAGUCUUGCCUCGAGAGUAAAGGACAGUAUCAGAAAGCUAUUAGUGAACUACUUACAAGAGAGUACAAACCACAAAGAAUACAGCAGGAAAUUCAUCUCAUGCAAGAACUUCUACUAAGUGGGGUACCCCUGGGUAAGACAAUAGCCAGAAAUGAAGCUUUGAGAGAGAACUUCUUUAUGAUGGUAGUUUGCAUUGAGCUAAGAAUUCCCUUGUUUAUUGUUGGGAAACCAGGGAGCUCUAAAUCCCUGUCUAAAACCCUGAUUGCAGAUGCUAUGCAAGGCCCUACAGCACACUCUGACCUGUUUAAGAGACUUAAGCAGAUACAUCUAGUGUCUUUCCAGUGCAGUCCCCAUUCAACUCCUGAAGGAAUCAUUCGCACAUUCAAACAGUGCGCCCGGUUUCAAGAGAGCAAAAAUCUGGAUGAAUACACCUCAGUAGUUGUUCUUGAUGAGAUAGGAUUAGCUGAGGAUUCCCCGAAAAUGCCAUUGAAAACACUGCAUCCAUUACUAGAAGAGGGAUGUGUUGAUGAAAAGCCACAGCCUCAUCAGAGGGUUGGUUUCAUUGGAAUUUCCAACUGGGCACUGGAUCCUGCCAAAAUGAAUCGUGGGAUUUUUGUGUCACGGGGAGAUUUAAGUGAGAAAGAACUUAUUAAAAGUGCUGAAGGAAUCUGUGCAUCUGAAAAAAACAUUCUUCAGAAGAUAAAACAUCUUUUUGAACCAUUUGCAAAAGCAUAUGAGAUAGCACGCAAAGAGGGCAAAGGCUUCUUUGGUCUAAGGGACUUUUACAGUUUGAUAAAAAUGAUAUUUUUAAUCACUAAAAUCUCAAAUGAGAGCCCAACUACUGAUGAAAUCGCUGGAGCAGUUCUAAGAAACUUUAGUGGAAAAGAUGAUGUUAAAGUGAUUGACAUUUUCUCAAACGUAUUCUGUCUGGACCUUUCCAAUACCAACACCAGCACCACCGAAAUGAUAAAACAAAGUGUUCUCCCAUCUUGCAAAAUGGAGGAAAAUCGAUACUUGUUAAUCCUAACCAAGAACUAUGCAGCACUUCAGAUUCUGCAACAAAUAUUCUCUUCUCAUCAUAUCCAUCCAGAGAUCAUUUUUGGAUCCAGCUUCUCAAAGGACCAGGAGUACAUGCAGAUUUGUAGGAACAUCAAUCGUGUCAAAAUGUGCAUGGAGACUGGAAAGACAGUUGUGCUCCUUAACCUACAGAAUCUGUAUGAAAGUCUGUAUGAUGCACUCAACCAAUACUAUGUGACUCUAGGGGGUCAGAAGUAUGUUGAUCUUGGAUUAGGAACACAUCGUGUGAAAUGCAGAGUUCACCCAAAUUUCAGGCUCAUUGUCAUUGAAGAAAAAGAAGUGGUAUAUGAGCAGUUUCCAAUCCCACUCAUCAACAGGUUGGAGAAACACUGUCUAGACAUAAACACUGUCCUCACAAUGGAACAGCAGGAUAUUGUCAAUCAAUUACAGGAAUGGGUUAACAAUUUCAUCUUAAUGGAGAAUCUAUACUAUUCAAGCAAGUAUCUUCCUAGAGAAGUUUUCAUUGGCUACCAUUCAGACACACCCUCCUCUGUGGUCCAUCAAGUGGCUGAGAAUAAAGGUAUUGGCACAGAUGAUCAAGACAUUCUGGAAAAAGCCAAGGCUGUUAUGCUUAAGUGUGCAACACCAGACUCAGUUGUCCGGUUGGACAAAUCUAUACUCUGUGAUGGCGAGAGAGACCAUUGGAUGAAGGAGUAUGUCAAAGAGGAUAAGCACAGAUCUCUGGGAGACUACAUCAAAUAUCACAUAAAACAGUCUGAACACUCACAAGCAUCAUUCACUGAGGUGACAACAUUUUCCCGGCUACUUACAUCAGCUGAUGUUGAACAACUGAAAAAUGAGAUCAGAUGUGACACUGUCAAGAUGUUAUUUCUACUGCAAUUUGACACAGAGUACUCCUUUCUCAAAUCAGUCAGGAAAUUUCUUGACUCAACAGACGUGAAAAGAGUGCUGAUUGUCCAAAAUGAGUUUGAUGAUGACCUCCAACAAAGAAAUAUUCUCUCCUCAGCCAAGUACUCCUGCAUAAAUGAAAUUAACAAGUGCCUCACAACAGAUGAUAGAAAGACAUUUGUGUACUUUGUCACAAAACUCCCUCGGCAACAAGGAGGCACCUCAUAUAUCGGAUUUCAAGGCGGUCCUUGGAGGUCUGUUCACAUUGAUGAUCUCAGAAGAUCAAAGGAGUUUGUUUCUGAUGUCCAUUCCUUGAAAAAUCUUCACAUUAGUGAUCUCUUUAAGGAUCCACCAAAGGCCAUUCAGAGUCAAGAUAAUGUUGAGGAGCCUCAAAAUGACAGUUUUACUGUUUUGGAAGAUGUUUUCGAUACAACAGAUCUAGUCAGGAGCUGUGUUCAGACUGCAGUGGGCAUGCUUCAAGAUGUUGUUGACAGUGGAGAACUCAGCACAAGGAGAGUUGCGAACCUCCUAACACUUCUGGAAAAGAGUGCCUUUGCAAAUCUUGUGAGAAAGCAUCUUCACUCAUUGUUAGAAGAGUAUGAGGCUACCAUUCCCAACCCAAAAAAUUGGGUCUUUAGUCAAGCUUCUAAUAUCAAUGCUCUUCAAGAAGGAGGAACAUUUGUACACACUCUAUGGAGGAAAGUCCAAGCUGUUGUGACCCCACUUCUAGCCAACUUGGUUUCAGUCAUUGAUAGAGAUUGCAAUUUAGACCUCCUUGUGGAUGAAGAGGAUGACAUUUACAAGCUGUGGUUUGAGAUUUUUGGCAACAAAGAAAUACUCAAAGUGCCCUUUGUAAAGGAGAUUAAUAAGCUAAUAGUACAAAGCCACGUCAUAGGUGGAAACAUUAUGCACUGCCAGAUGCCCUUUAGCUGGUGUAUCAAAGACUUCCUAGAUGAGCUCAUGAUGCAGUCAUUUAAACAUGAUCAAUCAUUCCACUAUUUCCACAAGUUGUUUUUAAACACAUCAUUUGAGGAGUUUUUCAGAAGAUACAUGCAAGACUUUGUUUCCAUGACUAUUAAAGUGACAUCAGUUGAUGAAUUAGAGCUCCUGAGUCAGGCUCUGGCCAGCUGUAUUGAAGAAGUGCGAAGACAAAAAACCCAUACAGAAAAGCCUACACUUCUCCAUAUUCACUUUGCCUUCCAUUUCUUCCGAAGCCGCCUUCAAAACCUUUCACGGAUUAUUUCUCUUCAACCUGAAAUAGUUUUACCAUUACGAAGAAACCAGCACAGCAGAAACUGUCCUGAAAUGAUUUUGGAUGUCCGUGCAGCAAAGGCAUGUGUUGAGUACUUGGAAUCUCAAAGUUUAGAUUCUGACACCCACUGUGGAAAAUGGAUGAGGCAGGUGAAGAGACUUCAAGUGUCUAUGGAAACAGUUCUCUCACAACGUAAUCUCCGUCAUUAUGGGGAUAGAUCUAAGGAAGAACUCAGUUCUGUCAGUCAUGGCUGGAAACGUAUCCACAUUCUCUCACUCUUUGUGGAACACAUGGUGCUUGGUUUCGAAAAUGAAGACCUUCAGCUUAAGGAAUUGGUUCUAAAACAUCUGCAAAUCUUGAGAAGGGUUCUGGAUGGAAAUUCGGAUGUAAAAUCCACCAAACCAUUUGAAGCUGUGAUUGAAAACUUGAGGUCCUGUAAACAGGCAGCAGUUGAUCAGCUUUUUAGGUUUGGAGUUCACUGUCUGAUAUGUACGAGAGAGCCAGAUCAACCAGUGAGUUUGCCAUGUCAUCACAUAUUUUGCUUGACAUGCAUAAAUAAAAGCCAGGAUGCUGGACAGACAUCCUGCCCCUACUGCAGGCAAGAAUUACCAGACGGCAUUAACUUCAGUGUCUCUGAAGACUUGCGCCGCACUGACAUCAUGUUCACUGCUUGGUUCGCCUUCACUACAACCACCACCACCAUCAUAUUUUACAUCAGACACGGAGCAGAUGAAGGGCCUGCUGUUGGGAACAUGUCAAUCAGUUUGACACAUUUCGCAGCGUCCCUUUGA